UUAUUGGAAAAGUGUGUUAAUUUGUGUAACUUAUGAUAGACUAACUUAUUAUAUGGUAGGAAAGCCAAAAUGGACAAAUAUAUUAAUUCACCUGAUAUACUUCUUAAAAACCUGAAAAAGUACUUUUCACAUGACGAUUUUAAAUCAAAACUUCAAAAAGAUGCCAUUGAAGCAAUUGUCAAAGGUACCAAUGAUGUUUUUGUGUCCAUGCCAACCGGAUCAGGAAAAUCAUUGUGUUUCCAGCUACCAGCUGUCAUGCAGGAGAAUAAAGUCACUGUUGUGUUUUCUCCGUUGCUUGCAUUAAUGAAGGAUCAGAUUGACCAUCUAAAAAAGCUGAAGAUUGCAGCUGACACACUGAAUUCCAAGAUGACAGUUGCCCAGCGCCAACAUGUAAUUGAUGACUUGAAGUGUAAGAAAACAACAAUCAAGCUACUAUACAUUACGCCGGAACAAGCAGCUACAAACACUUUUAAGGAUAUUUUAAGAAAUCUGCACAGGGUAAAUAAACUGGCCUAUAUAAUAGUCGAUGAAGCGCAUUGUGUAAGUCAGUGGGGCCAUGAUUUCCGCCCGGACUACCUCAAACUGGGAAACCUACGAGCACAGUACCCUGACAUACCUUGUAUCGCGUUGACUGCUACUGCUAGUGCUGUGGUUGUGGAAGACAUUAUAAACCAGCUGAAGCUUAAGAAUUUGAAGAAGUUUAAAACACCAUGCUUUCGUUCAAACUUGUACUAUGAUGUUGUCUACCAAGACGCAUUGGAACAUUCUUAUUCUGAUUUGAAGAAAUUUGUUGUGAAACAUCUACUACCAGAAGAACAUCUAAAACCUGUGCAACGUGGAUGCGGAAUAAUAUAUUGUAGAACUCGAGACUUGACAGAAGAAGUGGCUCAGGUUUUGACCAAAACUGGCGUCCCUACAGUAGCAUACCACGCAGGCCUAAAAGACAAGCUAAGAGUAGAUGUUCAAAACCAGUGGGUGGGAGGAAAGUACAGAGUCAUAGCUGCUACUAUCAGUUUUGGAAUGGGAGUUGAUAAAGCCACUGUCAGAUUUGUAGUCCACUGGGGCAUCCCCAGCAGUAUACCAGCAUACUACCAGGAGAGUGGACGGGCCGGGAGGGACGGCAAGCCUGCAUUCUGCAGGAUCUAUCAUGCUCGUAAUGCUAAGUCUUCGUACGAGUUCAUCCUACGAGGGGAAGUGUUCAAGGCAAAAACCAACGAGAAGAAACUUAAGGCUCAAAAGUCAUGCAAGAAUUUUGAUAAGAUGGUGAAAUUCUGCGAAUCCGUAGAAUGCCGUCAUGCUGCCUUUGCUGUGUUCUUUGGAGAUGAAAAGCCUCGGUGUCGCAAGCUGUGCGACGUGUGCAGCGACCGGUCAGCAGUUGAGGAGAGUUUGGGCACCUUCCUGGCUGGUAGUGGAAUGUCUCGAGGUGGUAGAACUACCUUCGUCACCAGUGAACAAUACAACAGUGGCUUUGACGAUCUUUACGGCGGAGGAAGGAAGGGCGUUUCUGAAGAUGCUGAAGUGUAUUCGGGUGAAGGAAGUCGUAGCCCAACAUCGGAAAGGAAUCCAAAACUGACGAGCAUGAUCAGGAAGGAGUUGUCAAUGAGGAAAGCCAGUCAGGUCAACUCUGAUGAUGAAGCAGAAUACACUGUGAAGGCCAAUCUGUCAAAAGUGAGAGCUGCAGAAAGUACCAAAGUGAAGGUGAACGGACUCACGAUCAGUGCAAGGGAAGGAUAUGUCAGAUUUCUGAGGGAAUUGCUGCAAAAAAAUUACGACCAGUGUAAAGUAGUUGACCCUCCAGACAAAGAACUGACAGAUUCUGAUAUUGAGCAGGCUGCUUUGGACUUGGAGUACCAAGCAUUUACCUCUAACACUGCAAUGUCAUUGUAUCGACGGAGCGUUGCAAAGCUAUCAGCAGACGUCAAGAGUGCGACCAAGACAAUGUCAACAUAUGUGUUGCUCAAGUCCUAUGAACCUCAACCUAUCCAGAGUAAACUGUCAAACAAGAGUGAGAAGACAAACAAAAGCAAGAACCCGUUUGUGACAGCUUCACAACUAAUUGGCAUGUCAAGUGUUUCAGGGGAAGAUAAAAAUUAUAAAAAUAAAUCUAGUAAAAGUGAAGAAAGAAGCAAAGGUCAGAAAUCUGUUCCUUCUUACUUUUCUCAGACUGCUAAUAAAACAGCCGAUGAUGCAGAGAGUAAAAAAAUUGGUAAAUGUGAUGUCAGUGAAAGAAAAAAUGGACGAGGAAACACUGUUGAGAUAUCUGAUGAUGAUAACCCAGGAAGGGCUGAAAGUUACAAGUGUAGGGGAGAAAUAGUUAUAUCUGAUAGUGACACUCAAGAUUCUAAAGAAUCUGUCAGUAAUAAGUUUCUCCAAAAAGAAUCAACAGCUACAUUGAAUGAUGGAUUUAGGACAAUUUCCAUUGAUAUGUUUAAUGGGGGAAUGGUCAACCCUGAGAGAAGUUUGGAGAAAUCUUGUUCAGUGAGAAAAACUCGCUCCAACUCAUAUUUUGAAGUUGAUGACUUGUUUGGGGAUAGUCCAAAUAGUGAAGCUAAUGAUAAUAUUGAAGUGGCAACAUCUAAAAAUAUUCAUGAUUUGGAAAAGAAAGAUUUCAACGACUACACACAUUGUAAAGCAAAAAUUUGUGUGAGUGAAAUACUUCUAGAUUCUGGUAUCAACAGUUUAGAUCAAUCAAUGUCCAAAGUGCUUGAUGAGUCGACAAAAGAAUAUCAAAUGAUAGGCCACAAGCAUAGGAAAAGGAAAAUACUGGACGAAGUUUUUGGGGACUCUGAAUCAGAAAAGAGGGAUCACAAGCAUAGAAAAAGGAAAACACUGGAUGCAGUUUUCGGAGACCCUAUCAUGAAUGGUGAUGGGGACAUAGACAGUACUCCAAGUAAAAGAUUUAAAACACCAGAUAAGGAGAUGUGUGUGAAGGAAGGAAGAAGUAAUGUCAGUAGUGAGAGUAUAAACAGGUUAUCUUCCAACAGUGUGGAAAGUAAAAGAAAAGAAACAUCACAAAAACCAACACAAGAUAAAAUUAAAAUUAAAGAUCACCCAAGAUCCAAAACUGAUGAUCCUGUUUUGCGCAAAGAUUCUAGAGAAAAAGACAAAUCAAAAGAACACUUAAAUAGUAAAGGGUGCUUACCAUCACGAAACAAUGUUAAGGAGAUAGAUGAAACCAAAGUAAACAAAAGAGAAGUUUCAGAUACUGUUAUUAAGUUCCUAAUGCCUUUUUAUAAGCAAAAGAGGAUAGCAGACAAAGACUUGUUCAAAUAUUUGGCUAGGACGGUUGUACAUAAAGUUUUGUCCGAUAAAUGUUUUUCUGAUAAUUACACAGUGAAAAAGUUUGUAGAACAUAUUUUUGAGGACAAAGCCAUUUUUAGAGAUAAACUACAAGUGGAUAAGGUUGUUGGAGUUGUUGCAUCAUGACCCUGGAAAUCUUCUUCCAUCUGGAUAAUAAAUAAACGUGUGGAUUUGAGUGUGCUUCUGCAAUGUGAAUAAGCUUUAAAUAAGUUAUUAUAAGUUAUUGAAAAUACAGAAAUAAAUGUCUGAUCAGCAAUGGUGACAAUAGUAAGGUAAUGUUGGAGCAAAUUAUUGGCCAACAACAGGCUUACACUAUAAUACUUCAAUCAACAAUGUUAAUCAACUAAAAGUAGAAAACACUCGACAACAGUAGCAAGGCCCCAUAUCAUUUAACUAAUGUAAUCUUAGGUGUGGACUGGUACAUGUAUAGUAGGUAUAUUGUGUUUAGUUCAAAUCAAUUAAGAUCUUCUAUAUUUUUCAACUUUAUUAAUAUUUUAACCCAUUUUAUUUUAAUAAUAUUUGAGAAAUAUUUUCUUUACAUUCUUUUUAACAAAUACAUAAAUAAUUUGAGUGUGGUGCUGUUAAGUUUAAGUGGUUUUUUGUUUAGUUUUUUAGGUGAAAAUAUUACUAACAUCCUAACUGCCAUU